UCCCCCGACUCGUCUAGUGCCACAACUGGCGGGUAUGAGUGUGUCUGAGCCGGACCAGGAGGAACCGUUCCUGAUUUAUUACAGAGCUCUAGUAAAUUUCACCACGUCUAUAGAAUACACGCCGGACCUGGACAAUGUCUCCUCCGAACAGUUCCGGGAUCUGUCCGAGGCCGUCGUUGACACGCUGGAGUCCGAAUAUUACAAAAUCGCGGGAGAACAAAUGGUUAAUGUCGUCUACGUCAAGUUGAUUGAUGGUGAUGUGUUUGUGGAGCUGGACGUGGGAUCGGAAGGUAACAUCAACGAUGGACAAAUCCGCCAGGUGUUGUACUCCGUGAUUGAGAGCGGCUCCAUCGCCAGCUACGUCACCUCCACCCGGGGAUUCCAAUUCCGACGCCUGGGAGCCGCACAAACGCCCCCUCCUCCUGUUGGGUUUGAGCCUCCAGUAACCCCUCCGGUGCGGACAUGUACGGUGGAUGAGUUCACCUGCACCAGCGGUGAGUGCGUCCCCUUGGAGUUCAGAUGUGACCAGCGCCAUGAUUGCCGGGACAUGUCCGAUGAGGAAGGCUGUGCUGACAGCGCGCUCUGCGGCGACACAGACUUUACAUGCAGCAACGGGGAGUGCAUUCCCAGAAUCUAUCACUGCGACGGCCGAUCCGACUGCCGGGACUUCUCCGAUGAGAUUCAGUGUGAACCCGGAGAGUCGAUCGCGACCACCCCGUCCGUCAUCACCACCAGACCGAUCUACACCCCCCGCCCCGCCGCCGCCACCACCCCUCCCCCGCCCAUAUACACAAGGCCGCAGGUGGUGGCCACCACACCUUUCAGACGUACCACCCCCAAGCCCCCCAUAGACGAGCCGCGCCCGUGUCGGAGGGAAGAGGCGCGGUGCCCCAACGGGCAGUGUAUUCCCCGCGAUUAUCUGUGCGAUGGAGAGCGCGACUGCAGAGACGGCAGCGAUGAACUGAACUGCGGUACCCCCUCCCCCUGCGAGCCCAACGAGUUCAAGUGUAAGAACGGGCGCUGCGCCCUCAAGCUCUGGCGCUGUGACGGUGACGAUGACUGCGGAGACAAUUCUGAUGAGAUCAAUUGCCCCACGAAGGGGCCGAGUGACAUGUGCGCCCCGGAGCAGUUUGUCUGCGUCCAAUCCCGGAACUGUAUCCCAGCAAGUUACCAGUGUGACGAGGAGGCCGACUGUCCGGACCGCUCUGAUGAAGUCGGCUGCAGCCCCCCCCAGGUCAUCACCCCUCCAGAGGAAAGUAUCGUGGCCUCUCGCGGGGACACGGUGAGAUUUACCUGCGUCGCCAUCGGUAUCCCCACCCCCAUCAUCACCUGGAGACUGAACUGGGGCCACAUUCCCACCAGCAGCAGAGUAACGAUGAGCAGCGAGAACGGACACGGGACGCUCAUCAUUCGGGAUGUGAAGGAGGCCGAUCAGGGCGCCUACUCGUGUGAGGCCAUCAACGCCAAGGGCAUGGUGUUCGGUAUUCCCGACGGCGUUCUGUCCCUGAAGCCCUCCAGAGGUCCUUGCUCCGAGGGCUUCUUCCACGUGGAGACCAACUCUCGCUGCAUUCCCUGCUUCUGUUUCGGUGUCACCAAGAUGUGCCAUCAGACCGGCCGCUACCGGAACCAGAUCCGCCUUCGCUUCGACGCUACCGAAGACUUCAAAGGUGUAAACGUGACCUCUGCGCAGGGUUUCCCUCCCCUCUCAUCCAAUCAGCUCCAGAUUGACACAACGGUUGAGGAGUUUCAGCUGGUUGAUCUUUCUCGAAGGUUUCUGAGUCACGAUUCCUAUUGGACGCUCCCAUUGCAGUUCCUGGGGAACAAGGUGGACUCCUACGGAGGGGCCCUCAGCUAUAAAGUGCGCUAUGGUCUCACUCGGGGCCAGUCGGAGGCGGUGAGGAAGCCAGACGUCAUUCUGGUUGGAAACGGACAGAAGCUGAUCUAUCGGGUUCAAUCGUUCACCCAGCCUAGCGUUGUGAACCAGCGAUCGGUCCAAUUCUCGGAGGAGAACUGGCAGCACGAGUCUGGAGCCGCUGUGACCCGGGAGGACCUGCUGAUGACCCUUCAGAAUGUGGAAGCCAUCAUGAUCCAAACUGUCUACGACAACAAGAUGGCCAGCGUGGGCCUGGCGGACAUCGUCAUGGAUACGACCAGCGUGGAGUACACCCAACUGGGGGUGGCACUGGGUGUGGAAGAGUGCAGGUGUCCCGUGGGAUAUUCCGGCCUCUCCUGCGAGUUUUGUUCUCCACAGUUUGAUCGAGUUCCUGGAGGACCUUUCCUGGGGACCUGCUCCGGAUGUAACUGCAAUGGUCAUGCCAGAUCCUGCGACUCUGAGAGUGGCUACUGCAUAAACUGUCAGCACAACACGGAGGGGCCGCAGUGCAAUAAAUGUAGGGCGGGCUUCUUCGGAGAUCCCACCAAGGGCACAGCCGACGCCUGCCGACCCUGUCCUUGCCCUCUCAUGGACCCGACACGCCGGUACUCAGACACGUGUUUCCUGGACACCGAUAGUCAGCCCACCUGUGAUAACUGUGUGGAGGGUUACACCGGCCGGCGGUGUGAGAGGUGUGCCGUAGGCUAUGAAGGUGACCCAAUGAGAGGCCGGUGUACGAAAUCCAAUGAUGCCGGGGAUACGGGGAUAUGUGAUGAUCGGGGCAGCGCCGUCUCCUCCCCCAAUGCCUGUGUGUGUAAGCCUCACGUCUCGGGGAAUUUGUGUAACGAAUGUAAAAGUGGAACUUUCUACCUCAGUGAGCGGAAUCCGGACGGCUGCUUGAAGUGCUUCUGUAUGGGAGUGACCCGGCAAUGUUCGAGUUCCUACUGGAACCGGGACCAGGUCCGCGCUACGUAUGACAGCCAUGAGAGGGCGCCGUUCUCCAUCUCGAAUGCCGCCAGCACACGCACCAUCAGCGAGGGCAUCAGUGUGACGGGCCCAUCAGAACUGACAUUCAGCAACUUCAACAACAUCCCCCAAGACAUCUACUUCUGGGUGCUGCCGGAGCGCUUCAAGGGGGACAAGGUCACAUCAUAUGGCGGGGAACUGCGCUACACCGUCACUUACGAGGCCUCCUAUGGGGCCCAGUCUCUGGACACCCAGCCCCACGUCGUUCUUCAGGGCAAUGGGAUCUUCCUGGAACAUUAUGCCGAUAUCAGAGGUUCUCCCGGAUUCCCCGUCACCGUCACCGUUCCCUUCCGAGAGCGUGUCUGGAGGAGGGCGGAUGGCCAGGAAGCUACACGUGAGCACCUGCUGAUGUCACUGGCCGAUAUCGACGUUCUGAUGAUCCGGGCGUCCUACGCGGAGAGGAUGGUGGAAAGUCGAAUCUCCAACAUCUAUAUGGACAUCGCCGUUCCUCACUCUACAGGCCUGCAGCAGGCGGUGGAGGUGGAGGACUGCUCCUGCCCCAUCGGCUACACCGGACCAUCAUGUCAGGACUGUGACAUUGGCUACACGCGAUCCACCAGCGGUCUGUAUCUGGGCACAUGUGAGCGCUGCCAGUGCAGUGGCCACUCCACGGAGUGUGACGGGGAGACGGGAGAAUGUCUGAACUGCCAGCACAACACCGAGGGGCCCAAGUGUGACCGCUGCAGACCGGGCUUCUAUGGAGACCCAAGACGAGGAAGUCCUGGAGAUUGCCAGCCUUGUCCAUGCCGGGGGGCAUCUAGUCAGUACUACGGAACCUGCUUCUUGGACUCGGAUGGUCAACCAACAUGUGACUCCUGUCCCUCUGGUUACAUCGGACGCCAGUGUGAAAGGUGUGCGCCAGGUUACCUGGGAGAUCCAUCUCAAGGACAACCCUGUACAGGUCCUGGUCCUGGCCCUGGCCCCACCUGCCAGUGUGAUUUGCGGGGCAGCAUCAGUAACACAUGUGAUGCCCGCCGCCAGUGCCCUUGUAAGCCUCAUGUAGAAGGUCUGUCAUGCAGCACCUGUCGUCCCAACCACUUCUACCUCAACGUGGACAACCCAGAUGGCUGCCUGCCCUGCUUCUGUAUGGGGGUCACCCAGCAAUGUACCAGCUCCAGCUACCACCGAGAACUGAUCAUCACUCCAUUCCUACCUGGAAACGUCCAGAACUUUGCCCUGAUGAACCGUCAGCGCAGUACCCGUAUCACAACCGGACUCACGGUGGAGAUGUCCACUCACGGGCCACAACUCUCCUAUAGUCAGUUUGACCAACUGGGCCAGGAGUCCUUCUACUGGCAGCUACCAGAGAACUACAUGGGGGAUAAGCGGGAGACGUACUUUGCACGGAUGCGUCGGGCCCAUAAGCUGAAUGACUCCUCACUGACAGAAGAGGAAAUUCGUAAGAGAGUUGCUACUGGAGACCUACAGGAGCGUUUCAGUCCUCGUUCUAGAUCCCGGCGCCAGGCCCAGAUGGAUAAGACGCAGGAAAAGGUUGACAGUGAAAUUUGGAGCCUCUUGUCAAGUUUUUCUUCUAGUCGCUCCCAUCAGCCCCCAACGUCUCUGCCCACCGGGAAUCACAAUGUGUCUGAUGGAGCUUCUCUUUCUCCCUCAUCUUUGCACGGACCUCCAAGUCCAUCGUCUGCUUCUCAUCCAAGUCAUCAAAAACAAGCAAAAGUCAAGUUUAGGUCAGCCAGCCGUACCUUUCCACCCGUCGGUGCCCCCGGCCACUCACCCAGGAGAUCUAUGAAUGAGGCUCUGAGCGGAGAUUCCCCUCGGUCAUCCGGUCAGGAUUCCAGCAAUGUCCUCUAUUCUCGAACGCCAGGAUUAAAGGGGGCUGAGAAGUUCACACUGGUCUACAAGGGCUUCUCCCUGAUCCCUGAAGGGGUUUUCUACUGGUCCUUGCCUAAAGAUUUCCUUGGGGAUAAGGUGGCGUCGUACGGCGGCGCGCUGCGCUACACGCUCAGUUACACGGCCGGAAUUCGCGGCUCUCCUCUGCCUGAUGCCGAUGUUCAGAUCACGGGUAAUGACAUCACGCUGGUUGCCUACCAGACGGAGCUGCGCCCACGUGAGAGCAAGACCUUCGAGAUCGCCUUCCGAGAGAGUCAGUGGAAGCGUCCGGACGGGCAGCAGGCCACCCGGGAACAUCUGAUGAUGGCUCUGGCUGAUCUCGAUGAAGUUCUUAUCCGAGCCUCGUAUUCCACAGACAUGUUAUCCUCCAGUAUCACCGGUGUAAUCAUGGAGACCGCUGGGCCGGCUUACACCAGACUGCCGCAGGCUUUGGAGGUGGAGGAAUGCCGCUGUCCUCCUGGAUACAAAGGGCUGUCCUGUCAGGACUGCGCCCCCGGAUUCACUCGUACCGGAGGAGGUCUAUACCUCGGACACUGUGAGCCCUGUGACUGCAAUGGCCACUCUGAGACGUGUCACCCGGAGACCGGCGCCUGUACGAACUGUUUACACAACACGGGCGGCGAGUUCUGCGACAAGUGCGAGGCCGGCUUCUACGGCGAUGCCACGGCCGGGACUCCUGAGGACUGCCAACCUUGUGCGUGCCCGCUGACCGACCCGGAGAACCAGUUUUCUAAGACAUGUGAGACAGUGGGUACAGGUGGGUACCGCUGCACGGCCUGCCCUCCGGGGUACACUGGACAGUACUGUGAGAGAUGUGCUCCUGGCUACACGGGGAGCCCCAACAUCCGAGGACAGAAAUGUCUCCCUGAUGAUCGAAGAUCUACCUUCAUUGUCAGGAUUUAUCCUGAUAAAAAGACGGCUGCGGCGGGUGAGAAGGUGACUCUGCGCUGUCAGGGCAGCGGAGAUCCUCCUUACUACUACUUCUGGACCCGUGAAGAUGGGCGACCUAUUCCCAGCAACUCCCAACUCAUAGACAGAGGAGAAAGCUUACAUUUCCCCAGCGUCCAGCCUUCCGAUUCCGGCGUCUAUAUCUGCACCUGCCGCAACUACCAAUUCGCCAACACCAGCCGGGCGGAGAUCAUUGUACAAGCGGGCUCCCACACCAGACCCAUCACCGUCACCGUGGAGGAGCAGCGGGUCCAGAGCGUACGCCAGGGAUCUGACGUCACCUUCAUAUGCACCGCAAAGAGUGUGUCUCCGGCCUACACAUUGGUUUGGACUCGUCAGAACAAUGGGAAGCUCCCAGAGAGAGCGAUGGACUUUAACGGGAUCCUGACCAUCCGUAAUGCGCAGCCUGAGGACGCCGGGAUUUACAUCUGCACCGGCUCCAACAUGUUCGACAUGGACGAGGGCAAUGCGACGCUCCAUGUUCAAGAGACCACCAAGACCCAGAUGUUUUAUGGACCGUUUGAGACCUUUGAAGGACACAGUCCGUCCGGAACAGGGACCCACCCCACGGCUAUCAUUGAACCCAGACAGCUGACUGUCCAGCCGGGUCAACCAGCAGAGUUCCGCUGCACAGCUACCGGGAACCCCCUUCCUACCGUGGAAUGGACAGGUGGACAGAAUGGAGGCAUCCCCUAUAGAGCAAGCAUCCAGGGAGGUGUCCUCAGAUUCCCAUCCGUUCAAAUCUCCGAUGAGGGGCAGUACACCUGCAUCGUCCGCAAUAGUCAUGGACAGCACAUUGCCAGGGCCGAUCUGCGAGUACACAUAGGUGGGAAUCUUCCAGUUGUCCAGGUGAGCCCAGAACGUACCGAAGUCAGAGAAGGCGACACAGUCCGUCUGUAUUGCAGAGCUGGUGGCACUCCGAUGGCGACAAUAUCCUGGAGGAAGCAGGGUGGCAUUCUACCACCACAGGCCCUCGCCUCUCUCGGUUUCCUUCACUUUCGAAGCAGCAGCCUGGAAGCCAUCCACAGACGGAUCCAAGAGCUGCAGGCUCGAACAGAGAGGACGGACAUUGCAACACUUGUGAUCCCCUCUAUAUCUGCAGCCGACGCCGGGACUUACCUGUGUGUUGGCACCAAUACCGCUGGCACCUCGGAGGCCCGCAUCGAAGUGAUUGUAGUGAGAGCCACUGGAUCUGCCCCUCUGGUGAGGAUCGAGCCGUCAUCGGAUACACUACAGGAAGGACAGACUGUGGAGCUGAACUGUGUGGUGGCAUCAUACCCGCAAGCUGUGGUCACAUGGCACAGAUCGGACCGCCCACUCUCGCCAAAUCACCAGGUGUAUGGCUCCCGGCUCCGAAUUCUCCAAGCCUCCGCAACAGACUCUGGGGAAUACAUCUGCCGGGUCACUAACGGGUUUGGCACACAGCAGGCCUCCAUUAUUAUUACCAUCACCCCAGUGUACUCGGAAAACAUUCCCGUACUCAGGAUCGAGUCGUCCUCUGGCUCCCUGGUCGAGGGACAAACUCUGGAGCUGGAUUGCCAGGUUUCUGGCUUUCCCGGUGCUGAGGUCACAUGGUACAGACCAGGAGUUCCACUUUCACCAAAUCAUCAGGUGUCCGGAUCACGGCUGAGGAUCCUACAAGCCUCGGCUGCAGAUUCUGGCGAGUAUAUUUGUCGUGUGACUGUCGGCACGUUCACUCAGCAGGCCUCAACCUUUGUCACCGUCUCCCGAGUAUCUGUUGACCCGGCCAGCUUUGUCCCGGCAUUGAGGAUUGAACCAUCUUCCAGCUCGGUGGCAGAAGGACAGACAUUGGAGCUGAACUGUGUGGUCUCCGGACAGCAAAAUGCUGACGCAACUUGGCAGAGAACAGGGCAGCCUCUCUCGCCCAACCACCAGGUUCUGGGUUCCCGUCUGAGAAUUGUUCAGGCCUCGGUAGCGGACUCUGGCGUGUACAUCUGCCGUGUCACCUCUGGAGGAGUCACCAGGCAAGCCUCCAUUACUGUCACCAUUACGCACAGGAUGGGUCCGGUCAUUGCCACCGGCAUCACCCCAACAAUCAGGGUGGAGUCUCCAUCGGACUCCCUGGCGGAAGGGAAGACGGUUGUUCUGAACUGCGUUGUUGAAGGUCAAACACAUCAGGAGGUCACAUGGUUCAGGCAGGGACAGCCUCUGUCGGCCAAUCACCAGAAGUCCGGUUCCCGCCUGCGGAUUGUAAACGCCUCUCCUCAGGACUCUGGAGAAUACAUCUGCCAGGUCAGCGGUGGCUCCGGGAUCCAGGCCGCCUCUAUCAUGGUCACCAUUGAAGGAUCUCACCAUAAUUCUGGACUUUCUGGGGCGAUUCGCAUUGAGCCGUCAUCACAGACCGCGGAGGAGGGACAGAAUGUGGAACUUACCUGUCUGAUUGAUGGAUAUUCUGGCCAGUCAGUGACUUGGCAUCGGCAAGGUGGUCGCCCUCUGCCUCCAAAUCACCAGGUCGCAGGGCCACGAAUGCGGAUCCUGAAGGCCACCCCGGCUGAUUCUGGGGAGUACAUUUGCCGGGUGAACACGGGAUCCGGAGUCCAGGAGGCGAUCAUUCACGUCAUCAUACAACGAAUCGCACAAGUGCCUGUGAACCCCCCACCGCCCAUCCUGAUUGAGAAGGUCCCAGGAAGGGUCACUGAGGGUCAGACUGUUGAUCUGAACUGCGUGGUUGCUGGAAAUCCGGACGCUGCCAUCACUUGGACACGCCCCGGGGCUGAAUUUACUCCAAAUCACCAGAUUUCCGGUUCCCAUUUGCGCAUUCAUCAGGCCUCCAGUGCGGACUCCGGGAAGUACGUCUGCCAGUCCAGCGGUGACUCCGGAGUCCUCACAGGAUCCAUUAUUAUCUCUGUCCAUCAUGGAGUCCAAAAAUCUCUUCGUCUGGAGACUCCGGUCAUCUCCAUUAACCCCCACACUGCCACAGUGCUCCAAGGGGAAAAUGCCACCUUUAAAUGCAACGUCCACAAGGGAGCUCAACAAAUCCGUGUGACAUGGAAAAUGGGGAACAACCAGCCACUCCAAGAUAACGUUCUCAUCAGCUCGGAUGGGACUGUCAUUACCGUUGUCGGUGCGCGCCACAAGAACCAAGGCUCUUACCGCUGUAUGGCUUCCAACCCCUACGGGGCAGUGGACAGUGCGGUGACACUGGUGGUGAAAGGACGCCCUUCGGUCUCUGUGAUCCCCCCUGGACCCGUCACUGUUCAUGUUGGCGAUACAAUCAGCUUAGAAUGCAACGGAAUGGGUGACCCCCGACCUGUGGUCAACUGGCGGCGUACCGGAUCCCGGCAGAUCAUCAGACAGCAAAGCCACGCCCCCCUGGAUAGCCACUCCAUCUUACAGAUCCCAUCGGCAAAGGCGGAGGAUGCCGGAUCGUACACCUGCACCGGACAGAACCCAGACGGCACGGCACAAGUCCAUGUGGAGGUCCGAGUGGAAAGCAAAGUGGUGAGACCUGGAGCUCCGGUGGCCACAGCAGACCAGGCAGUCUAUGUCGCGCUGGCUGGGGAAACCGCCACCCUCAGGUGCUCUGCCAUAGGAAACCCGAACCCAACUAUCACAUGGUCCAAACUCCGAGCUCCUCUUCCCUGGCAGCACCAGGUCUCCAACAAUACUCUGAUCAUCCCCAGGGUGGCGCAGCAGGACUCUGGACAGUACAUCUGCAACGCUUCCAAUACUGACGGGCACUCGGAGAUCUUUGUCACUCUGGAUGUAGAGAAUCCUCCGUAUGCCACCACGCUGCCCGAUGAGCUGUCUGUGGCCAUGGGAGAAGCCAUCCGGUUACAGUGCCUGGCACACGGCACUCCUCCACUCACAUACCAGUGGACCAAAGUGAACGGAUCUCUCUCAGGCUCCGCUUCCAUCCAGGAUGGGGUGCUGCACAUCGGUCAGGCAACAACCGGAGAUGCUGGUACCUACCUCUGUGUGGCCGCCAACAAAGUGGGCAGGAGCGAGGCCACCGCCCAAGUCAGUGUUCUGGCACAAUUUUCUGUACGGGUCUCACCCCAGAUAGACACAAAGGCAAUCGGGGCUACAGCAGAAUUCACCUGUAAUGUGAUUGGAGAUCCAAGAGCCAGGAUCCGCUGGAAUAAAGAAGGAGGGGGGGCCCUCCCAUCCAAUCACAGUGUUCAGGGGGCGGUGCUCAGGAUUUUCAACUUGGAACGUGGCAAUGAAGGUGUCUACACCUGCCGGGCAAACAGCCGCUUUGGUCAAUCCCAAGAUAGUGUCAAACUGGUUGUCCAAGCUCUGCCCAAAGUCAGGAUUAACAUUCGCACCUCAGUGCAGACGGUGCUGGCUGGGAACUCCGUGGAGUUUGAAUGUUUGGCAAUCGGAGACCCGCGAGCCAAGGUGACGUGGAGCAAGGUUGGCAGCCGGAUGCCGGCAGAUGUCAUUAUAAGUGGCGGCAUGCUGAAGAUUGAGCAGGUGAAGCAGUCGGACGCUGGGCAGUACCGCUGUACUGCCACCAAUGAAGUGGGGGAGGUGCAGUCCCAUGUCAUCCUCCAUGUGCAGUCCGUGCCACAAAUCGCCGCUCAGCCAGAGAUGAAAGAAAUAACCACCGGAUCGAUCGCUGUGUUUCCGUGUCUGGCGUCCGGUUUUCCCGUUCCGGAAAUAACGUGGACCAAGCUGGAAGGAGACCUUCCCACCAACGCUCGUAUGGAGAACAACGUCCUGACCAUUCUGUCUGUGAAGCCAGAGGAUGCCGGUACAUACGUGUGCACAGCGGCCAACCGCCAGGGCAGAGUCACGGCCUUCUCUAUGCUGAAAGUUCGAGAGAGAGUUGUACCCUAUUUCUCGGGCCACCCCCAGUCUUACCUCAAACUUCCGAGUAUGAAAGACGCUCACAAGAAAUUCGACAUUAAGAUUACUUUCCGACCCGACGCUGCUGACGCUCUUAUUCUGUACUCCGGAAUGCUGAUCUACAGCGGGCAGAAGAAGAGCAGCGGAGCGGACUUUAUGUCCUUCGGUCUGGUGGGAGGACGGCCGGAGUUCAGGUUUGAUGCCGGUUCAGGAAUGGCGACAAUCCGUUAUCCUAUACCUCUUAGUCUAGGCGAAUUCCAUACCAUAACCCUGUACAGGAACCUGAACCAAGGAUCCCUUGUGGUGGACAACCAAACUCCCAUCAAUGGAACAUCUCAGGGUAAAUUCCAGGGUCUGGACUUGAACGAGGAGAUUUACCUAGGAGGUUAUCCUAACUACGAGGUUGUUUCUAAAAGUGGCUUGGGCAAAGGAUUUAUUGGCUGUGUCCGGCAGCUCAUUCUUCAGGGAGAAGAGGUCAUCUUCAAGGAUCUGGAUCUGGUCACCACUGGCAUCUCUAACUGCCGAACUUGUAGAGACCGACCUUGCAAGAACCGUGGAAUCUGUCGGGAUUCAGAGAGCAGCAGUUAUGUGUGUGAAUGUCUUCCUGGCUUCGCCGGCAGUAACUGUGAUCACUCCCGAGCCCUGCACUGCCACCCAGAUGCCUGUGGACCUGAAGCGACUUGCAUCAAUCAAGCCGAUGGGUUGGGGUACACCUGCCGCUGCCAACUGGGCAAAUCUGGAGACAAAUGCAUGGAUGGAGUCAUGGUGAACACACCGUCAUUCAAUGGAGAAACUUCUUACAUCUCUUACCCUCCCCUCACCAACAUCCAUAAUGACCUGCGGGUGGAUCUGGAGUUUAAACCCCUCUCCCCAGACGGUCUCAUCUUCUUCAGUGCAGGAAAAGGAGCUCCUGUGGAAGACUUUGUGUCUCUGGCCAUGGCCCAAGGCCAUCUGGAAUUCCGCUAUGAGCUAGGAUCAGGUUUAGCAAUCCUAAGAAGUGCUGACCCCAUUCCUCUGGGACAAUGGCACAAAGCAUCUGCAGAGAGAGUCAAUAAGGACGGAACUCUCCAGGUUGAUGGCGGUCCACCAGUGAAGAGGUCUUCUCCAGGGAAAAGUCAAGGCCUCAACCUGAAGACAAAGAUGUACCUCGGGGGUGUGGACAGUGCUGUGGAGCUUCCAUCUGCGGUCAACAUCACUCAGCCCUACCAGGGCUGCAUUGGAGAGGUUUCCAUCAAUAACAAGAAGGUGGACAUCUCUUACAGUUUCCUAGAAAGCCAUGCAAUCAGUCAGUGCUACGACAGCUCUCCAUGUGACCGCAUGCCAUGCCUGCAUGGGGGAAGAUGUAUGCCCACCGGGGAGUACGAGUACCAAUGCCUGUGCCGUGAUGGCUUCAAAGGGGAUCGCUGUGAAUCUCACGAAGAUCGCUGUCAGAUACAAAAUCCUUGUAUAAAUGGCGGCACCUGCAAAGACAACCGAUGUCACUGCCCAGAGGGCUUCUCUGGAACAUACUGCGAAGCAGGAGCAGCUUCUACAAACCUGGAGGACGGAGUUCAUGAAGGGAGUGGGGGGAACGAUGCCCCAGGAGUGUACGGGUCGUACUUCUCCGAUGACUCCUACAUAGCUCUACCCCGGCAGAUGUUCCCUCGCAGCCGACCAGACGCACCGGAGACCAUUGAGUUGGAGAUCCGAACAACGUCUACAGAUGGCGUCAUUUUCUGGCAGGGAAUGGAGGUAAGAGAAGAAGGCCGGGAGAGGGAUUUCAUCAGUCUGGGCCUGAAGGACGGUCACCUCUUCUUCAGUUAUCAGCUGGGCAGCGGAGAAGCCAAAAUUAUGACUGAAGAUCCCAUCAAUGAUGGUGAAUGGCACAAAGUCACCGCCAUCCGGGAAGAAAAGUCCGGAUCCAUACAGGUGGAUGGUGAGGAAGUCGUCUCUGGAAGUUCACCCGGUAAAAACAUCAUGGUGGACACCAAGGCAAGCGUUUACAUUGGCGGGGCUCCUGAAGUACAGCUGACGACGGCUGGAAAGUUCUUGAGUGGAAUCACUGGAUGUAUCAAGAACCUGGUGAUCCUGAACGCAAGACCCUCCGACCAACUCCACCAGCCCAUCGACUUAAAGCACAGCGCUGAGUCCGGUCAUAACACCAAAGAGUGCCCCUCGUAGGCGGAGACGACUGUUUCCCCCACCCCCGCUGGCCGCGCCAGGGCAAUCCACAGACUAUUCUUUAUUGUUCUUCAAAAGAGACAAUGACAAACCGAGAAUCAUUGUAAAUGGUGCUUCUGCUGCUACCAAAAAAAAAACGAAACCAGAGGUGGUGCUAAAGAAAAAAAAGUAUUUGGAUUGCGCAAUCUUUGUAUUACCUACACCGGAUUUUCUUCUUUUUAAUUAUUAUUAUUAUUAUUAUUAUUGUUAUUUUUUUUUUUAAUGUCUUCAGAUUUCCACGUGUUUUACAGCUGGAUGAAGGAAAUAUGUAUGUAUUGAAACAGAUGUAUGUUUUUUAAAAAGAACCCCUAACCAAAAAAAAAAAAACCCCGAAAGCUAACAAAACCAAGCUGUAUGUUUAAUGUCAGCCGUGCCGGAAGACCCUCUAUUCUGUAUAUAGAAAUGGCCACUCGCUGGACAGCGGUUGAAGCCCCCAGACCAGGUCUUGGUCCAGUAGUGUCGGCCCAUGGGGUUCUCUAUGGCUGAGAUUUGGGAUGUGAGGUCUGGAGAGGGUUCCAGAUUGUUCAGGUUGGAGGAGAAGGUGCUACAAGGGGGCUUUAUCCCUUGUUCCCAGAGGCCUCAUAGGCAGAGACCGGGGCGGAAUUAAAGGGGGACAAUCGGUCCUCUUUGGAAAGGGGUCUGCACUAUUCUUCUUAUACAUCUCAUUAGGUCUACUGCCGGCAGCUGGCUUCUUACUUCUUGGAACCAUAUUUAUGUUAUUUAGCUAACAGACACGAGUGUAUUAUAAAGGUGCAUCGACUCUUAGUUCAAGUCAGAUACAAGAUUUCCAAUAAAAUCAUUCCUCUCCCUC